AUGGCCAACCGUAACGACAUCUCCAGCCCGAUGAUGCCUCGGAGCAUCGCCCUCCCGCUGUGCGUCAAGGUACUUCUCUUUCUCAUAGGGUCCGCAACCUUUGUUAUCGUCAGCCUCAUUCUGGCAACUGAUCCAUCAGCCCAAGUCGAGGACGUCACCGUUGGGCAUACAAAAGGUCUGGGCCUUGUGACCGGUCUCAUGGCAGACAAAUGGCCCUGUGGCAGAGACAGCUCCACGGCAAAAUCUCGAGGAUGCAUGUUCGAAUCCUACACGGCAACAUGGCAGCCCCCCAACUGUUUCGAUGCCGCCCUGGAUGCGGAGUUUCGCUCCGUCAAGCCAUGGACCUUCUUCACGGAUCGCAAUGCGACCACGCAGCUGUCAUGGACUGACGUGGAAGCGGGAACGAGUGCACAGGCUUGGACGACGUGGGAGUUCCAUCUCUACUCAUGCGCAUUUAUCUGGAAAAAAGAGGUGAAAAUUGUCCACGGGCUUGUGUCUGGAACCAUCGACUACCACCAGUGCCUCGACCACGCACUGAUGCAGGACUAUGCGAGACCGAAAGAACACGCCACCAAGCGACAUAUCGGUUCACCAGUUUGA